AUGGCCCCAGUCCCUGAGACAGACCCUGCUGUCUAUGCCGAGUAUCUGGCCAAAUGGUCCGAGCUCCCUAGCACUGAAGAUGCGUGGCUUGCGAGAGCUCAAGAGGUUGCCAAUGUGCUGGCCCAAGAUGCUGCCCAGAGAGACCAGGUGAACAAGUCUCCGCGCGCUGAAGUCGCCUUGCUCAAACAUUCGGGCCUACUGAAACUCCUCGGUCCUAAGAAGUAUGGAGGUGGUGAGCAGCCCUGGAGCGUUGGAUAUAAGGCGAUUAGAGAGGUUGCAAAGGCCGAUGGAUCUAUUGGUAUGCUGCUUGGUUACCAUCUCCUCUGGUCCACCACCGCAAAUGUGGUUGGUACACCAGAACAAGCCGACCGAACCCAUCAGUUGAUAAUUCAAAACAAUUACUUCGUCGGUGGUGCUGUGAACCCCCGCGACAGUGAUCUAAAGAUUACUGUGGAUGGAGACGACAUUGUGUUCAGCGGAAACAAGUUCUUCAACACUGGCGGUGUUGUAUCUGACCUGACAGUCCUCGAGGGUGUUCUGGACGGCACCCAAGAUCAUAUAUUUGCCCUGGUCAAGACCCAACAACCUGGCAUCCAAUUUGCAUACAACUGGCACAACAUUGGGUUGCGUCUAACCGAGUCUGGGGGCGUCAGGAUCGACAAUCCGCGUGAGAAUACCUUAAAGAUUGCAUUCCCGACCUUGCUUUUGCCAACAAUCCAACUCGUCUUCAGCAACUUUUACCUCGGCAUUUCUCUAGGCGCAUUGGAAUUCGCCUCGAAGUAUACCGCAACCGCGACACGCGCUUGGCCCUUCGGAGGCGACAACAAGGAAUUGGCAAUAGACGAGUUCUACAUCCUGGAACGAUAUGGUAAUUUCUUCGCACACCUUCGUGCAGCCGAAGCCCUGGCAGACCGAGCCGGUGAUCAGCUUUCGGGAUUGUAUGCUCGCUAUUCUUCCGACAAGGCGGCUCUUACACCCCGCGAACGUGGAGAGGUUGCCGAGUGGGUUGCCAGUGUCAAAAUUGUUACCACUGAUGUUGGACUGCGGGUUACCUCUGGUGUCUUUGAAGUGACUGGAGCUCGGGCCACUGCAUCGAAGGUCGGCUUAGAUCGAUUCUGGAGAGAUAUCAGGGUCCAUACGCUUCAUGACCCGGUGGCUUAUAAGAACCGGGAAGUGGGGCGAUAUGCGUUGUUGAAUGAAGUGCCGGAGCCCAGUUGGUAUACCUAG